AUGACCAAAUCUCAGGCGGGCUGUUUGUGUUGGGAGAAUAUUUACAGUCUGUCAAACCAGGAAAAGCAGAAAAUUCGAAUUCGUGCCAAGAUGCUUCAAAGGGAACUGAGCACGUUCUCUGUGACUCCUGCAGCCACUGUCCUGUCCCGCUGUGUGUCCAGAGGAGCCGUAGCCCCGGAGGAGAUGGACUCUGCCCUUUCUGAUGCAAGUCCCGCCUUCUCCUGCCACCUGUCCAGAGCCGAGGAGCGAAUCAAGACUCAGAGACAACUAGACCAGUUUCAGUUACAGAUGGAUUUGCUGCAGUUGGACAAACUGAACGCAGACGUCACUCACUCCUUUCACCUUCAGAGCCGGCUCCAGAGACUGCAGACCUUCUGCUCUCACCUUCAGGACGUCCUCAGAGACCAGACUGAGCUCAGACAGAGGCUCCUGAGACCUGUGGGGAGGCAGCAGCUGUGUGUGCCCGCCCCCAUGCACAGGUUUGUGGUGGAGCUUGUGCACAUGUUUCUGAACUUUAUCGAGACUCUGGAGCAGAAGAUCUUGUUUGUUCGGAGCAGUCCUGGUGCUCCUGAACGCCUCACGCAGCUGGACUCCUCCCUCUCUCAGCUGCUCUCGCUCGUGGCCGAGGUCCAGACUUUGUCCAAUCAGAUUCUGACCGGCCAGCGGAGACUCACCGAGAGGCUGCUGCAGAGCCGGGACAAGACCCGGACUAAAACCGGACUAGACCCCGGGUCUCAACCAACACGGAGCCAGGACGAAGAACUGACUGAGAGAUUAAACCUCAUCGCAUCCAACCGUGAAACCGGACUAAACCAGGACCCACCGGACCCAGACCAGGAUUACACAGACCAUCAGGAAAAGACCAGUCCAGGACCGGGACCAGAGCCUGCGCGGACAGGAGGACCCUGCGCGGACCGGAGGACCCCGCGAGGACCGGAGGACCCCGCGAGGACCGGAGGACCCCGCGAGGACAGGACGACCCCGCGAGGACAAGAGGACCCCGGGAGGACAAGAGGACCCCGGGAGGUCCGAGAGGAUGGCCGGCUCGUACACAGACCCCGCGUCCCUCACGUGGACCUGUCACAGUGUCACGAUGAAGGAGACGCGCGUGUGAUAUGA